AUGUCAGAGGACAAUCCCGCCAAAGCUGCAGCCAGCGAGGCUGCAGGACCAGAGGAUCCCGAGGAGACACCUUUCGCAGAGGCAUACACCCAGUCUCUCACGGAGGUGCAGACAAAGAUGGAUCGCCAUCAGCGCGAGCUGCUGCAGCGAUUGAACUUCCAGGAUGAGGUCGGCUCGUGCUAG